CUACUUUUACGUGGCGCAGCCCUAUACGAUCCCGUACACCUUCGCCAAGAGACCGAAACCCGCCGCGUCGUCGCUGCUGAGGGCGGCAAAGCCGCGCGGUAACAAUUGCCGCGUCAAGUUCUCCAAGCGACUUGGGAACGCCGACUUCUCGCAGAAGGUCAAGCAGGGCGAGUUCUCGCGGAGUCUGAACCAGGUGCACUUCGCGGAGAGUCAGGGUCAAGUGCUCGCGAGCUACCCAAAAGCUGGAUUAUCAUCUCGUGAUCCGAGAAUGACGUCGAUGUUCCGAAGAGGCACGAUCUUCGCGACCUUCUUCUUGUCAUUGCUGGGCGGUGGGCUCGUCUGCGCCGCCCUGGUGACGCAGCACUGGGUGGAGGCACGACCGUGGAGAACGCCGAAUCCUCAGGAGAGCGCUGGCAGAGUUCACUUCGGCUUGUUGCAGGGUAAAAAGGAGUUAAACGUCGCUUACGGAUGGAGGACGUAUCACGUGUCCGUUCCUCAAAUGAUCCGGCAGGAUCCAUCAGUGAUGUCUUGGGGACUUUGGAUCGGUACUUUAACAACGACCUCAGCUGCUCUGGUAGCAGCUGCACUUGCUGCGCUUUUGGCAGUUUUAAAUACGGCUACUUCACCAAGAUCGAAAAUGCUAUCCAUUCCUGGAGUAUAUUUUAUAAAUAUGUUAACGCUGUUAAUGUGCUUAGCAAGCACUUGUACGUGGUUAGCGCAAUAUUAUACGAGACUAUACGUCAACGUGCUUCCAAAGGAGGACAUCGAUAAUAUGUGGACCAGUGAAGGUUCCGCUGAGCUUGGUUAUUCAUUUUGGCUCGUGGUUAGCGCCGGUGUUAUACAUCUCAUUAGUAUAGCAUUAGUCGGCUGGGGCUCAGGUAGAGAAAAGGAUGAUCGUCUGGAACCAAUACCCGCACUCGAAGAGAAAACAGCCGCAGCAAUAAUGUUAUACUAAACGUUAUAUUAUUAAAAUUGACAUGAGACUACGAUUGAAUUACGCUUACGUGCGUAUCGAGUUGAUCUUGUCUAUAUCGAGACUGAACGAAAAUUAACUGAGAUUAAAGAGGAUUCUAAAUACCGAUCGCAUUACAAAUUAAA